UCUGGAAAUUGUGGCCGGUUUUGGUGGGUAGGAGAGUGUUGCUGAGAUCUCGGCAACAAAGUCUCUUGUUCGAAGAAGAGGAGGAAGAAGAAGCUGGAGGGGUCAUCUCCGGAGCGAUUCUCUCUGUCAUGGGCUGGGGUGGGGGAGUAAUGCGGUGCUCUGGGCAAAUCGGAGGGGGAUGAAGAGCGUUGGCCCUGAAUAAAUAGCUCGUUUCCUUUUCCUUGGCCGGGCUGGGGCUGGGCAUGAUGGCACUCCUCAGCCCCGAGGCUAGGCAGCACCUUUGGCUUCCAGAGCCGCUCGGGGUGUUGGGUUCCUUUUCGUUUCUGAGCAAAGCUCUAACUCUUCCCCCUUUUCAAACUCUCCACGCUUCUAACGCGAACGCAUUGCUGGCUGUGGAGGGACUUGGCCAGAAGCUGACGUGCCAGUGUGCGAUGUGAGUCAUGGAGAGGAGCCCGGAGCUGCUCUCCCUCAGCCCCAUUAACCCCCUGCUUUAGUCAUUAAAGCAGCAGCCAGGAAACCCCCCCCCCUUUUCAGCACCAUGCAUAUCAGGGUCGCCACUGAGGAGACACAGAAAAGGGUCACGCAAAUCGAACCACUAAGAACAAGGAUGCCCAUGUCUGUGGCAGGUGCUGUGCUGAGUUCUUUGAAUUAUCAGAUCUCCUGCAACACAAGAAGAACUGUACUAAAAAUCAAUUAGUUUUAAUUGUGAAUGAAAAUCCAGCUUCUCCUUCUGAAACCUUCCCUCCUCGUUCCCCUUCUGAUAAUCCUGAUGAACAGAUGAAUGACCUAGUUAAUAACACAGAUCAAGUCGACUGCAGUGACCUUUCAGAGCAUAACAAACUUGACAAGGAAGAAUCCAUGGAUGUGGAGGCUUCCAGCAUUAACAAUAGCAGUAGCAGUUCCAAGAGUGUCAACAAUAGUAUUACAAGCAGUAACAGCUCCACAAUGGGUACCUCAGCUAUAACAACCUCUCUACCUCACAUAGGGGAUCUGACCGCAGUAGGCAACUUUUCAGUGAUAAAUAGCAAUGUCAUCAUAGAAAAUCUUCAAAGUACAAAAGUGGCAGUAGCACAGUUCUCACAGGAAGCAAGAUGUAAUGGUGCGUCAAAUAAUAAGCUUGCUGUACCUGCCCUAAUGGAGCAACUGUUGGCUUUACAGCAACAGCAGAUCCACCAGUUGCAACUGAUUGAACAAAUUCGUCACCAAAUAUUAUUGUUGGCUUCCCAAACCACAGACAUGUCAACAUCUUCUAGCCCUUCUCAAGGUACUUUACGAACAUCUGCCAACCCCUUGUCCACAUUAAGUUCCCAUUUAUCUCAGCAGCUGGCUGCGGCAGCUGGAUUAGCACAAAGCCUUGCUAGUCAAUCUGCCAGCAUCAGUGGUUUGAAACAACUACCCCCUAUACAGCUACCUCAGAGCAACUCUGGCAAUAUUAUAAUUCCAUCCAGUAGUGGCUCUUCUCCAAAUAUUAACAUACUGACAGCAGCAGUUACAACACCAUCCUCAGAAAAAGUGGCUUCAAAUGUUGGUGGUUCACAGCUCAGCAACCCACCAGUAUCAGCAUCAUCUUCACCAGCUUUUGCAAUAAGCAGUUUAUUAAGUCCUGCAUCUAAUCCACUUCUACCUCAAUCCGCCCCUAAUAACUCGGUUUUCUCCAACCCCUUGUCCAAUCUCGGAACACCUGCAGAGGAUUUAAACUCCUUGACUGCCUUGGCACAGCAAAGAAAAAGCAAGCCACCAAAUGUAACUGCUUUUGAAGCAAAAAGUACUUCUGAUGAGGCAUUCUUUAAACAUAAAUGCAGGUUCUGUGCGAAAGUCUUUGGGAGUGACAGUGCCUUGCAGAUUCACUUACGUUCUCACACUGGCGAGAGGCCCUUCAAGUGCAACAUAUGUGGAAACAGAUUCUCCACAAAGGGAAACUUAAAAGUCCACUUUCAGCGUCAUAAAGAAAAAUACCCUCAUAUUCAAAUGAAUCCAUACCCAGUGCCAGAGCAUUUGGACAAUAUUCCUACAAGCACAGGUAUUCCUUAUGGGAUGUCUAUCCCACCAGAGAAACCUGUAACCAGCUGGCUGGACAGCAAGCCAGUUUUGUCUACUUUGACUACUUCUGUUGGCCUGCCACUCCCACCAACAAUUCCAAGCUUGACACCAUUUAUCAAAACUGAGGAGCCUCAACCUAUUCCCAUUAGCCAUAAUUCGGCUAGCCCUCCAUGUUCUGUCAAAAGCGACUCGGGAGUAGCUGAUCCUGCUGCAAAAAGUUCAAAUGGACAUUCAGAUGAGGCAGAGGUGGCUGCUUUGCCUAUCGCAAAUGGUAAAACAGAAGAAAACACUCACAUUUCAAACUCCUUCACCAAUAUUAACAGCUCUGUGAGCUCACCGGCAGCAGACACUGGCUCCAACACCAUUGUCACUUUUACAAAUCCACUGAUGCCUCUAAUGUCAGAGCAAUUCAAGGCAAAGUUUCCAUUUGGAGGACUACUAGAUUCAACGUCAGCAUCAGAAACAUCAAAAUUGCAGCAGCUGGUAGAAAAUAUUGACAAAAAGGCAACCGAUCCUAAUGAGUGUAUUAUUUGCCAUCGAGUUCUCAGUUGCCAGAGUGCAUUAAAAAUGCAUUAUCGCACACAUACUGGUGAAAGGCCAUUUAAAUGUAAAAUUUGUGGUCGUGCUUUCACUACUAAAGGAAAUUUAAAGACUCAUUACAGUGUUCAUCGUGCCAUGCCCCCGCUGAGAGUACAACAUUCAUGCCCGAUCUGUCAGAAAAAGUUCACCAAUGCUGUCGUGCUACAGCAGCAUAUCAGAAUGCAUAUGGGAGGACAGAUUCCCAAUACGCCUAUCACAGAAAACUAUCCAGAGUCGAUGGAAUCUGACACAGGAUCUUUCGAUGAGAAGAAUUUUGAUGAUCUAGACAACUUCUCAGAUGAGAACAUGGAAGACUGUCCUGACAGCAGCGUGCCAGAUACCCCGAAGUCUGUUGAUGUGUCCCAAGACAGCUUAUCUUCUUCCCCUCUGCCACUGGAAAUGUCAAGUAUUGCUGCUUUAGAAAAUCAAAUGAAGAUGAUCAACGCAGGACUUGCAGAACAACUUCAAGCUAGCUUAAAAUCAGUUGAAAAUGGGUCAGUGGAAGGGGAUGUUAUGACAAAUGAUUCAUCAUCUAUUGGUGGUGAUAUGGAAAGCCAAAGUGCUGGAAGUCCUGCUCUCUCAGAGUCUACCUCUUCUAUGCAGGCCUUGUCCCCAUCCAACAGCACUAAUGAUUACCACAAAUCACCAGGUAUUGAAGAGAAACAAGUAAGAGCUUUACCAAGUGAGUUUGCCAAUGGUUUGUCUCCAACCCCUGCUAAUGGUGGUGCUUUGGACUUGACAUCUAGUAACACAGAUAAAAUAAUUAAAGAAGAAUCUUUGAGUAUGCUCUUUCCGUUCAGAGAUAGAGGUAAAUUUAAAAACACAGCGUGUGACAUUUGUGGCAAAACAUUUGCUUGUCAGAGUGCCUUGGACAUUCAUUACAGAAGUCAUACCAAAGAGAGACCAUUUAUUUGCACAGUUUGCAAUCGUGGCUUUUCCACAAAGGGUAAUUUGAAGCAGCAUAUGUUGACACAUCAAAUGCGAGAUCUGCCAUCACAGCUUUUUGAGCCCAGUUCCAAUAUUGGCCCUAAUCAGAACUCUUCAGUUAUACCUGCUAAUUCAUUGUCAUCUCUCAUAAAGACUGAGGUUAAUGGCUUUCUGCAUGGCUCUCCUCAGGAUAGCAAAGAAACACCGCCUGGUCUUGUUCCUCUGGGGCCUUUGCCAUCUUCUGCCACAUCACCAGUUCUGCUUCCAGCUCUACCCCGAAGAACUCCCAAACAGCACUACUGCAACACAUGUGGGAAAACAUUUUCAUCUUCUAGUGCUUUGCAGAUUCAUGAAAGGACACACACUGGCGAAAAGCCUUUUGCCUGCACUAUAUGUGGAAGAGCUUUCACGACAAAAGGCAAUCUUAAGGUUCACAUGGGCACUCACAUGUGGAACAGCACUCCUGCGAGACGAGGCAGACGACUUUCCGUGGACGGUCCCAUGACAUUUCUAGGAGGCAAUCCUGUAAAAUUCCCAGAAAUGUUUCAGAAAGAUUUGGCUGCAAGGUCAGGAAACGGAGACCCUUCCAGCUUCUGGAAUCAGUAUGCAGCUGCACUCUCCAAUGGCUUGGCUAUGAAGACCAAUGAGAUCUCAGUUAUUCAGAAUGGUGGCAUCCCUCCAAUUCCUGGAAGCCUGGGCAAUGGUGGCAGUUCACCUAUUAGUGGGUUGACUGGAAGCCUGGAGAAGCUCCAGAAUUCUGAACCUAAUGCACCUCUAGCUGGUCUGGAGAAAAUGGCAAGCAAUGAAAAUGGGACAAACUUCCGUUUUACACGUUUUGUGGAAGACAACAAAGAAAUUGUAACAAAUUAGAAUAAACCUUAUCAAUAACAUUCCUGCGAAUAGUGCAACCUAGGGUUGCUUUCUACAAGUCUACAAACUACAAGUUAUAAAGACAUUCUUUUGUACCAUGUUCUACUUCUAGAGUUCUAAGAGAGCUUAUUUAUUAGUGAUAUAACCUUGCUUUGCAAACAAAUGCAAGCAUUAACUUUGGUCUCCUGUAUUUUGAACUAAAUACUAAUCGACUAGAGUGCUGUAAACUUGCUGUAACAUUUAUGGCAGUUGCAAGUCUGUUCUGCUAGGUGAUCUUUUUCUGGCAUUAACUUAUUUUCUAUAUCCAGUUUAACAUGAACUCUGGUAUUGAUGCACCGCCUCAGUGAUGCAUUAGAUCUCUAAUAAAAGUCUGUAUAUAAAUGUAUACUUUGAUCUCGCUGGAAAUUUUAUCAGCAACACAUUGUUUAAUUUUCCAAACAGAAUUAAGAAAAGGACUGAAAGCUGAGAAUAUAGACUGAACAGUGUGAGUCCUUUACAAGCUCAGUUUUUGAUUUUUAUUAUAAAAUUAAAACUGCUUUAAUUUUUUUAGAUUUAACAUUUUUCGUUUUGAACUGUUUGUAUUGUGCUUUUUACUUGAGUCGUCUUAAAUGUUCAUAAGUUUCUGUACAGUAAUAAGCACGCAGAUUAUUAGAGAAGAUACAAAAGUGUUGUUUUGGUAGUUGAAACUGAGACGUAACAUUUUGCCUUGUAGGUAUAUUCAUUACGGAAAAUGUGCUGGACUUUCACAAUGCUGCUAAGUAUAGCAUCUUGAACAACCUUCCAUGGACAAUUGUAGAUGCUCCUGUAUAUACAAUAAGAAAUAUCACUUUCAUUAAAAUGUACAUAUGUUCCUUGCAAGACCAAGCCCUACUUCUUGACCAAGGGAACAAGGAUAGUGUUUGUUUAUUUUGUAUUAGAUAUGGGGGCGGGGAAAACACAACUUUGGACUGUUACAUGCACUUUCUUGGAAAGUUGAAAGGAAAAGAGGUCCAGUUUCUUUAACAUUUAAUACUAACAACAGAGAUACUGUAAUUUUACUUGAGUAAUCAAAUACAUUUUUGCAACAGAUAAAAUGUUGUCUCUGUGUUUUUAAAGUGUAUUUGUAUUUAGUAAUGUCUCUGAAUGUAUUAUUUAACCUUACCCCUGGGUAUUAGAGGACUAUCCAGGUAUGUAUAUGUGUGUGUAUCUAUAUGUAUGUGUGGUAUACAUAUGUGUAUUGCAUAUUAAUGGUUAGUAUAUAUUUGCAUAUCCACUAAGAAUGGGAACCUUGUCCUUUAACUAUUCAGUGAUGUCACUACUCCCAAUCAUCAAAUUGUAGAUAUUUUGGCAUUCUUCAUCUCUUUAUAAAAAAUGCUGCUAACAAGGGCCUUAUCGAGACUAGGUAAGUUUCCUUUGAAGGAAAUUUUAUAUUGGAUUUAAGGCUUCACUUGGUUCAAAUGUUUUAUAUUUGAUAUUUACUUUAUUCUCUGAGACUGUAUGAUUGAGGCAUGUUUAUGCUGCUUUGUCAGAUUUAAAAUGUACACUAAAAACCUUCAUAUAUUUAUUGGGGGCAGGGAGGAGGAAUCAAUAUGGCCCUGCUCCCUACAGGUUUGAUCCAGUAUUCCUUAUGCACCCACAGCUAUCAUUGACUUUAAUGGGAGUUUUGGGACACAAGAUUGGGGUCCACAAUUUUUGUCUAGGAGAGGGUUUUUUGAUUUUUUUUUAAACUUUGAAGUAAAACAAUCAUUUUGGCAGUUUUUAAAUUAUACAGGUUUAAAACAAAUGAGAAUCUCUAGUUUUAUGUAUAUUGUGUAUUUUUGCAUGCCAAUAAUUCAAAUAUUUUUAUUUUUUUAAUGUCCUUUUGACAGAGAAUGUAGGCCCUUGUAGCCUAAUUACUUCUGUUAUCUUGAGUUGGAGGUAGGGGAGAAUGUACAGUAUAAUGCUGAGACUUAACUUGAAAAUUAUCUCCUGUGCAGUAACUAUUUUUCAUAGGGAAUUUUCUUUUUCAUUUUAAUGACUAUGCAUCCUAAAUACACUAUAAACACUAAUGCCUUUAGAAAAAUGUAUGUCUGUUAUGUUAGUUUAUAUGUGACUCAUCUGGUACAUAAAUAUGCAGAUUUGUUAACAUGUAAAUGUACACUAGAGGUAGUGUGUAUCAUCAAUGUGAGUAUCUAAGAAUUUUGAGUCAUUUUAGCCUCAAAAAGACAAAUUAAACAGACUAA